AUAUCCUUGAUUCCUCUUCCUUCGAUUUCCCUCUUGCUUUGUUUGCAAUACUCUAACACAGGGGCACGGCCUUGGAUACCAAGGACUGCAGAUCUGGUCCUGGGUGUCGUUUUAAUCUCCUUGCUAUUGGUGGUUGUGUGGGUGUGUGAUCCGAAUGGCAGAGGAAGAACUUGGAUCUAUGCUUAAUCGGGUCUAUCUCACAGAAGAUGAGGACGGUAUCCUUCCUUUGCAUUCGCUCCGGAAACCUGAUGAACCCAAGUCAGAGCAAAUUGGACUCAUAAUUGGGAACUCUUUGGGGAAGGUUUUGGAAUUUGAUGACAGUUUUCACAAGGCAAUUAGAGUUCGAAUUAAUUUGGAUGUGAAUCAUCCUUUAAGAAGAUUUAAAACUUCUCAGAUCUCGAUUACAAAACGCAAGAAACUUCGAAUCAAAUACGAACGGCUUCCAGAAUUUUGUUUUGUCUGUGGCUGCUUAGGACACCUUGAUCAUAGCUGUGAAAUUACCAAUAGUAUGAAAGAUGGUGGAGGUAAAAUUGUUUGUCGAUAUGGAUCGUGGUUAAAGGUUGAAUUAGAACACUCAAGGUGCCCAGAUGAUCUUGAUCUAUUAGAUGAAACCUUUAUUGUAGAGGGACACAAUGAUAAUGUUGCUGGAGAUCUCGAGGCAAACGCAAGCCAAAUGGCAGGGCACCAUGCUAAUGGUGUGGGAGAAAUUGCGGAUGAAACAGCUCAACCCCUUACUUCUAUUAUAAGAGAAAUGGCUUUGACAGGAAAUAUGGAACAUACUGAUGGCUUGCCAGGUUUGAUGCAGGACCAAUUAGUGGAGAUACCUUUGGCCUUGGGUUUUGAUGGUAUUGAACAGUUAACAAGGAAAGGAAAUGGUGCAAAAGGAGGUAGGGGCAAAUGGAAACGAACAGGGCGUGAAGGAGGGUCAUUGGUGCAUAUGGAAAACCUUAAUCCAAGAAAAAGAAAGGGUAGUACAACAAGCUUGGGGGAACAAAGGGCAACUAAUGAUGGGAAUCAAGAUGACCCCACAUAUACCACGUCAAGAGAUCCAUUACACAUUCCAGGAGGUCUAGUCAUGAGAGCUAGAGCUAGAAAGAUGCAAGAAGCUUUGAAUGGCCUUAUUGAGUAGAUCUGGGUUGAUAACAACAUGCAACAAGUAAAUUAAAGCUUGGCUGAUUAUCAAGGCAUGGUAAACAUCAUUUCAGAUUCAAGAGAAGCUUAAUUGAGGUCAUUUAUGCUAAACUACACAGUUUCUGUCAAAAUCCCGCAAUUCUGUCGCAAUUUGUAACAAACUAAUAUUUCAUGUUACUUUAGGUUACUUUAGAACGCCACAAGAAUAAUCUUGAUAAAUUCUGUAAAGUUCU